UUGUUUGUGUGCAAGGAUUGAUGAUGUGUUGUUGUUUGUGUGCAAGUAUUGAUGUUGUGUUGUUGUUUGUGUGCAAGUAUUGAUGUUGUGUUGUUGUUUGUGUGCAAGUAUUGAUGAUGUGUUGUUGUUUGUGUGCAAGUAUUGUUGUUGAUGGAGGCGAUGCAGCAUCAGGCUGAGGUGGUCCAGAGAGCCAAGGAGGUCUUCAUGAGUGGCAGAAGUCGUCCUCUCCACUUCAGACUGAAACAACUUCAGGCGCUGCAGAAGAUGCUGCUGGACCGAGAAGACGAGAUCUUGGCGGCUCUCAAGCAGGACAUCCACAGGAGCCAGUACGACUCAGCACUCCUGGAGAUGAUUGGAAUAGACAACGAGAUCCGCCUGGCCAUGGACAAACUGGAGGAGUGGAGCUCACCUAGACCUGUGGAGAAGAACCUUCUCACCGUGUCUGACCAGGCCUACAUCCACCUAGAACCUCUGGGCCUGGUCCUCAUCAUUGGUGCCUGGAACUAUCCAUGGGCCCUCACUCUCAUCCCCCUGGUGGGAGCCAUUGCUGCAGGUAACGCAGCAGUGGUAAAGCCGUCUGAGAUCAGUGCUUGUUCGUCUCUGCUCCUUCAAACUCUGCUUCCUCUCUACCUGGACAAGGAGAUGUAUCCAGUGGUGACAGGAGGCGUGUCAGAGAGCCAAGAACUGUUGCAUCAGAGGUUUGAUCACAUCUUCUACACAGGAAGUAGUCGUGUAGGUAAAGUGGUGAUGCAAGCGGCUGCUCGACAUCUCACUCCCGUCACUCUGGAGUUGGGAGGCAAGAGUCCGUGUUUCAUCGACAAGAAGUGUCACCUCAGAGUGGCCUGCCGUCGCAUCACGUGGGGAAAGUUUGUGAACUGUGGUCAGACGUGCAUCGCUCCAGACUACAUCCUGUGUGAACCUGAUGUGCAGACUCGUGUGGUGGAAUGCAUCCGACAGACUUUACUGGAGUUCUACGGUCCAGAUCCCAAGUCGUCCCCGGACUACGGUCGCCUGGUGAACCAGGAGCAUUACACCAGGGUGCUGGGUCUGAUGGAAGGUUACGCUCCAGUACUCGGGGGGCAGACGGACGCCUCAGAGCGUUACAUCGCUCCCACGGUGCUGAAGGACGUUCCUCCUCACUCCAGGCUGAUGCAGGAGGAGAUCUUUGGUCCUCUGCUGCCCAUCGUGACCGUCAGCGGCGUGGAAGAAGCCAUCAGCUUCAUCAACGAGAGAGAGAAACCUUUGGCCCUCUACAUCUUCUCCUCAGACAAGAAGACCAUUAAGAAGAUGAUUGAAGAGACAACAAGUGGAGGAGUGACAGUGAAUGAUGUCAUGAUGCACUACACACUCAACUCUCUGCCCUUUGGGGGUGUUGGUCAGAGCGGGAUGGGCUCCUAUCAUGGCCGACACACCUUUGAUCGUCUGAGUCAUCAUCGAGCAUGUUUAGUGCGCUCGCUGGCCAUGGAGAGCAUCAAUUUGUCUCGUUACCCACCUCAGGAUAGCCAGCGAGCAAGCAGAGCUCGCUUGGCUCUCAAGUCGCCUUUGAUCGACUUGUCCAAGAAAACGUACGUGUGGGCUGUGAGCGCCACCAUCCUUGCUGUGGGACUGCUCGUCACUCUACUCGUCAUCCUGCUCAUUGCUGCUGGCCUCAACUGUACCUGCUGGUACUGGAGGGGCUUCUACAACUAACUCACUCACUACAUACAUACAUACUGUACAUACAUACAUACAUACAUACAUACAUACAUACAUACAUACAUACAUACAUACAUAUAUACACUACCGUUCAAAAGUUUGGGGUCACCCAAACAAUUUUGUGUUUGAGCCUUCAUUUCUAAGAACAAGAAUAGACUGGAGUUUCAGAUGAAAGUUCUCUUUUUCUGGCCAUUUUGAGCGUUUAAUUGACCCCACAAAUGUGAUGCUCCAGAAACUCAAUCUGCUCAAAGGAAGGUCAGUUUUGUAGCUUCUGUAACGAGCUAAACUGUUUUCAGAUGUGUGAACAUGAUUGCACAUGUAUGUAUGUACAUACAGGUACAUACAUACAAAUGUCCAUAUAUACAUACAUAUGUACAUACGUACAUACAUAUGUAUGUACAUACAGUACGCACGCACAUGUGUGAAAACCAGGAGUGAAGGAAGAGAAGUUCCUUUGAGAGUGCCAGUCCACACAUUCUAGUCUUAAAGUGACACACAUUACAACAGCAUGCAAUCAUUGACUUUCAAAUAUUUGUCUUUUUGCAGACAGACUCAGACCUUUUGUCUACAUCAUGUUCUUAAACUGAAGAAAUAAUAAUAAUGCAAGUAACUGUUUAAAAGGAUUUAUACUUGUAUUUCUCAUUAUUGUUGAGCAUUGUACUGUCAUUGGAAGGUAAAU